AUGCUACCGUCGUCGCUUCGUCACGAUGGCCCCGCCUCCCACCGCGCCAUCCCCAUCCUCCUGCUCGCGUGCUCCAUCAUCGCACACAUAGGCACCCCGACCCAACACUCCCUCUUCACAAGCGCCAUUGCAUGGAUCCUGCUCUGUGCAUACACCUCGCUCACAACGAGUCGCCACACUGCAUCAAUAGACGGAUCAAUACGGAGACAGUCAUGGCUGGCUGGCGGCUUGUUGGCGCUGGCGCAACUCUGCUCGAGGGUGGUGGAUGAUACUGCGCUCUGGUGGGCGAACGGCCUGCUGCCCUGCUUCGCAUACUGCCUACUCCGGAGCGAUGUCUUUGGCCUGGACGCGAGCACCGCAUCUCCUCCCCCGAGUCCUGGCAGGCCCAGAGCACUCGCUGUCUCCGGCUCCAUGGUCGCGCUGGCCAUACUAACCACCUCCGCCGUGUUCGCAACCUACAUCACCGCUCAAGACUACACCACAUUCCCCUUGGGCCUCUCGUCUGCUGCAUUGCAAGUGCUGGCCUUUGCGUGCAUAGAAAAAGCGAGCAUAGAGGCGCAAAGUAGUCGACGGGGGAAUGUCAUUUACUCGGCCAACGGGCUGCUAUCUCAAUCGGUCAAGAGCUCUAGCUCCAGCAACGAUGCAGCAGCGGUCCUCAUUCGCGACAUUUCUACAUCCGCAGCCGUGGCGAUCACCUUGGCUGCUAUUCUGGAGACUCUCACAUCUGGCGCGCCAGGGUAUCUAGGUCUUUUCGGCCAUGUAAUGGGCCAGCAGUGGCUUUUGCAUCAGGGCGCUCUGGGAUUUCUCUUGUCGAUUCUGCUGAUUGGCGUGCAUUUACUUAUGUUUUGGGCUUUGUUGAUGAUGAUCCAACGCAAUGGCACCCUUGCAACGUCCUUUGUUCCUCUCAUCGCCGCAGUUGUCUCUCAGCUCUCGGUCGAUUUCUCCUUCAGCCGUCUCUGGUUCGCUGCACUUUGCGCAGCUACAGUCUUCAGCUUCUUCGAUACCUCCGACCUAACCUCAGGCGAGGCGAGAAAGGGCAUGCGCUACCAGCGGAUACUGACGCUCAUCGCCGCUCUGUCUUUCGCGUUCUCCGCCGUUCUUUAUUACUCGGGAGCUGGGAAACCUGCGUUCACAACCCAGAAAGGCUUCUCGGAUGUCUUGCAGCCCCUGCCACCCGCAACGCCUUUGGCACCAAUGGAGCUACACGAUACUCGCUCGCAUCCCAUUGCACAACUCAUCGCAGAAGCCGAUGUGUCAUGGCAGCAAAAACUCCAAGGCCAAUCUCAGACUCUUGAUGCGGCAGUCGCGGAGUACAGACGUCGCUACAACAUCCCGCCCCCACCUCAUUUCGACAAAUGGUUUGAGUUUGCAAGGGCAAGAAAUGUACAGAUGAUUGACGAGUACGACACCGUCUACAAGACCAUGUUGCCGUUCUGGGGCAUCUCGCCGGCGACCAUCAGAGCAAGAGCCCGAGAAGCCAUCGGCUUCCAAGGCAACUUUCUCAUGGGCUUGGCCCUGAGGGAUGGGAAACCGGCGGUAGUACAUGGCGGAGAGGAAUGGCUGCAGCAGGCCGCUGUUGGCAUGAUCCAAAAUUUUGUGCAAUACUUGCCCGAUAUGGAUCUGGCAUUCAACAUCCACGACGAGCCGCGUGUCAUCGUCCCUCAUGACGACCUAUCCCGUCUGGUCUCCAUUGCACUGGACGAAAAUAUGCCCGCUAUCCUGAAGACCAGCGGACUACGGAAUGCAUUUUCCGGCCGUCCAGCGGACGUGAAUGAUGGCCAGAGCUUUGCUGAAAGCAAAACGACUCGAUUCAACACAUACGCUCAUCAACCCGUCUGGGAUCCUGCCCGGCUCUCUUGCGCUCCCGAUACCCCCGCCCGAACGCUCGAUGAGGCGUUCGCAACCGACAAUCUUACCUCCUACGCCUUGGGAGAACUUGGGUUCGUCUACAACCAGACGGCAUUCAACGACAUCUGCAACUCCCCCUCAUUCUCCAAGACCUUUGGCUUUUUCGAUCGACCGAACGCAGUCAACUUUGCGCAUCUCCUAUACCCGAUUUUCAGCCAGAGCAAGGUCAGCAGCUUCAACGACAUCUUGUACCCCAGUCCGUGGUACUGGUAUGGCAAGGUCAAGUACGAAGAAUCGCGCGACAUCACGUGGAAAGCCAAGACGCCUACCCUGCUCUGGCGCGGUAGCACGACCGGAGGCUUCAGCCGAAACGGUGGCUGGCGACGCCAACAUCGCCAGCACAUGGUGACGAAACUCAACGCCCUCGACGACGCAAAGAUCCUGCAGCGCACCGAAACGCCCGGCGGAGAAAGCGAAUACCACGUCAAAUCCGUGCCGCGCAAAGACUACCAAAACCGCAUGAACGUCCACUUCUCCCACAUCGGGCAAUGCGACAAGGAAGACUGCGACGCGCAGCGGGAGUUCUUCGACAUCCAGGGCGGCGUCGACCAGCAGGACCACUGGAAGUGGCGCUACCUGCUCGACCUGGACGGCAACGCCUUCUCCGGCCGCUUCUACGCCUUCCUCAAGUCGAAGAGCCUCGUGCUCAAAAUGGCCGUGUUCCGCGAGUGGCAUCAGGAAUGGCUUCGGCCAUGGGUGCAUUACGUGCCGUUGAGUCUGCGGGGCGACGAGGUGUUGGAGAGCGUGCGGUAUUUCUCCGCGACCGGCGAGGGGGGGGAGGAGUUGGGGGCCAGGCUGGCGGAGCAGGGGAGUGAGUGGGCGCACAAAGUGCUGCGGAAUGAGGAUUUUGAGGUGUGGUUCUUCCGGGUGUUGUUGGAGUAUGGGCGUGUCAUCGAUGACAACCGAUCAGAGAUCGGAUAUGGUGGGCCGUGA